AUGGCGGCGGCGUGGUCGUCGUCGUCGUCAGGCGGGCUGCGCUGGGCGUUGGCGGCGCUGUGCCUGGGCUGCGCGGCGGCCGGCGGGGGCCCGCGGGUGCUGGGCUUCCGCCCGGAGGAGGGCGGGGACGGCGCGGCGGCGGGCCCUCCGGUGCGCGCCAAGCCCGGGGCCGCCUUCCGCCUGCGCCUCUUCGGCUGGGGCCUCGCCAACGGCUCGUGGCCCUGGUUGACGUUGGCGCCGGCCAGCCUGGGCUGCGCGCGGGGGGCGGUGGGGGGGGGCGGGCGCAUGCGCGCGGAGGCGGUGCGGCCUAGCGGGGCGCACUCGGCCGUGCUGACGGUGCGGCUGGUGGCGGGGGGGGGGCGGGCCGGGGGUCGAGCCGCACCUGCUGCGGCGGCGGGGUGGGCCGCGGGCCUGCUGCUGCUGCUGCUGUUGUCCGCGCUGUGCCGGGGGCUGCAGCUGAGCGGCCUGGCCCUGGAGCCGUGCGAGGUGCAGGUGCUCCGGGCCCUGGGGACGGAGGCGGAGCGCGCGGCGGCCCGGCGGCUGCAGCCCCUGCGGCGCUGGGGCCGCUUCGCCCUGUGCGGCCUGCUGCUGCUGGGCAGCCUGGCGCAGGCGGGGCUGGCCGUGCUGCUGUACCGCGCCCUGGGCCAGCGGGCCCUGCCCGCCGUGCUGGGCAGCGCCGGCCUGCUCUACCUGCUGGCCGAGGUGGCGCCGGCCGCCGUGAGCGGGCGCUGGGGGCUGGCGCUGGCGCCCGGGGCGCUGGGCCUGGCCCGCCUCGCCCUGCUGCUCACCUUCCCCGUGGCGCUGCCCGUGGGCCGCCUGCUGGAGCUGGCCCUCCGGGGAGGCGACGGGGCGCGGCUGCGAGAGCGGGUGCUCCACCUGGCACGUGGCGGAGGCGACGACGACGACGGCCGCCGCCCGUACCGCGACGGGCUCAGCGACUCCGCCCUGCGCCGCAAGACGGCGGCCGACGCCCUGACCCCCCUGGACCGCUGCUUCAUGCUGGACAGCCGGGCCGUGCUGGACUUCGGCGUCCUGUCGGCCGUCAUGCAGAGCGGCCGCGCCCGCAUCCCCGUCUACGAGGAGGAGCGGGCCAACGUGGUCGACGUGCUGCACCUCGAGGACCUGGCCCUCGUCGACCCCGACGACCGCACGCCCCUCAGCGCCAUCGUCCGCUUCUACAACCGCCCGCUCCACUUCGUCUUCGACGACACCAAGCUGGACGCCGUCCUCGAGGAGUUCAAACGAGGGAAGUCCCACCUGGCCAUCGUGCAGAAGGUGAACAACGAAGGGGAGGGCGACCCCUUCUACGAAGUCAUGGGCCUGGUGACGCUGGAGGACGUCAUCGAAGAAAUCAUCAAGUCCGAGAUCCUCGACGAGUCGGACGAUUACUGGGAGACCAGGGUGAAAAAGAAGCAGCCCGCGUCUCUGACGAUCGCGCCCACGGAGCCCAGGAAGGAGGAGUUCUCCCUGUUCCGGGGCACCGACGGCGAGAACAAAGUGAAGAUCUCCCCUCAGCUGCUCCUGGCCACUCAGCGCUUCCUCUCCCGAGAGGUGGACCUGUUCAGCCCGCAGCGAAUCUCUGAGAAGGUCCUGCUGCACCUGCUCAAGCACCCCAGCGUCAACCAGGAGGUCAAGUUUGAUGAGUCCAACCGGCUGGCUGCCGGACACUACCUGUACCAGCGCAACCAGCCCGUCAACUACUUCGUCCUCAUCCUGCAGGGCAGAGUCGAGGUGGAGAUCGGGAAGGAGGGGCUGAAGUUCGAGAACGGAGCCUUCACCUACUACGGUGUCUCGGCCCUGACGGCCCCCUCCUCGGUUCACCAGUCCCCGGCGCUGUCCCUGCGGCCCGGCCGCCACGAGCCGCAGGUGGACCCGGCCGAGAGCGGCCCCUGCCCCACGUACUGUCCCGAUUACACCGUGCGCGCCCUCUCCGACCUGCAGCUCGUCAAGGUGACGCGGCUGCAGUACCUCAAUGCGCUCAUGGCUUCUCGGGCCCACAACUCGCCCCAGGCCCCGGAGGGCCCGGAUCUCCGGGUCGUUCCGAGCAGCCAGACCCAGCUCCUCGAAAGCCAAGAUCGGAAAUCGGGCUCCGCCGCUGCCCCGACAGGGCCCGCCGGCGGUGGCAACAGUGGCAGGCCGAGCCUCCCAGCGGAGGAGAGCCCGGAGAGGAACCCAGGGGUCUAGGGGCCUGGCCCACACCUGGAUGGACCGAGCAAGACGGCCUUGCGUCUUUCCCUAACUGGCUCCGUUUUAAGGGGCUCGUAGAGACGUUGAGCGGAGCACCCUGGGGGGGUGGGGCAACAGAGCCAGCCCUGGCCUUCUCUGGACCCGGGUGGGUCCCUCCGGCGUCGGCCUCGCUGCCACGGCCCAGCUCUUCUCGUUAUCCGCUGUCCCGCGCCCAGG